AAGAGCCCGCCCUAGGGCCAAUCUGUUAGGUUGCGCACAUGCUGCAGUUUCAGUUUGUUUUAUUCACCAUUUUGAGUAGCUCAAGGUAAAAUUUAAACUAAAAUCGCCUUUGGAAAAGAAAUUCGUUCCCGUAUAUUUCGUUUUACGCAGUAGCUCGGGCGUUGGAACGUUUCGUUACGCCCAUUGGAGUUGCAGAGCGGGACGAUUUCAUUUUUAUUUUCCUGGAUUUAAUUUCCCCUUUCUUACAUUCUUAACCUCUACAGUAUUUCUGCAAAAUGUCAAGACCAGUGAGGAACAAGAAGGUGGUGAAUUACUCACAAUUCCAGGAAUCUGAUGACGCAGAUGAGGAGUAUGGGAAGAACUCAGACAAGCCUAAGAAGCCUCGUGCGGCUCCUCGCGAGGUGAAGCGCAAGCGGUCAAAGAACUCGCAGGAGGACAGUGAGGAUUCUGAUGAAAAACUCUCCAAAUCCAAAAAUGAUUCAGCAGAUGACUUUGGCAGUGAUGAAGACAACGACUUUGGAGAGGAAGAUGACGAGGAUGGAGGGAGCGACUACGAAGCUAAACGAGGCAAAAAGGGAAAGACAGCCAAGGUGGCAAAGCCCACUAAGAGGACACCCAAGAGAAAACGACCCACAGAUGACAGUGAUGAGGAGGUGAGUCGUAAGGUGCGUACAGUGCGCCAGGCCGCCACCAAGGCUGUGUCUAAACAGAGAGAGAUCUUGCUGGGAGACGGAGGCAGUGAGGACGAGGAACGUGAAGACAAGGAGGAGGCCUUCGCAGACCCUGAUGAGUCGGGCAGUGAUGAAGACUUCAUGGUUGAGGAUGAUGAUGAUAGUGACUAUGGCCGCUCCAAGAGCAAGAGGAGCAGCAAGAAGGUGAUCAAACGGAGCCGGCCAGAAAGGAAGGAAAAGAAAUCCCCCAAACCACGACUAAAGGCCACUGUGACCCCCAGCCCAAUGAAAGGAAAGGGUAAAGGUCGCCCCAGUGCUGCCAAGGCCCUGGAGAAGAGCUCGCCCAAAGAAGAGGAAGAGGAGGAGCCAGAGAGCCCCCUGGAGGAAGAGGAGGAGGAGGUGGUGGUGAAGAAGGACUCCUCCCCCACUCCCAAGAAAACAAAGGAGGCACCCGGGAAGGAGAAGAAGGAAAAGGAAGAUGAGGAGGAGGAGGAGGAGGAGGAAGAGGAGGACGGAUCGGAAGAGGACGUGCCCUCUGGGGAAGACUAGACCCACAGAAGUCCCACCUCUCUCUUUCUUCCCCAUUCUCUCUCUUUACCUUCUCAAGUUUUUGUUUCUCUUGGUUCAGAGUUUAUUUUGGUUUCAUUGGUGGCCUGGCUCAAUGGUUUGAACCUCAUGUGGAUUUGUUGUUUAGUGUUUGUUGUUUAGUGUCUGGCUUCCUGUAAUGACUGACUUCCCGUAAUGACUGACUGACUGAGCACAUCGUAUCUGUGUGCAUAAGAACAUGCAUACCAUAUGGCUGUGAGGGAUGGAAGGAAAGAA